AUAAGUGAACAAUUUUAUCUUCAGAGUAUGUAUGUAGCCUUAAAAAAAUUUGCUCAAGUGAACAAUUUUAUGUUCACUUUGCAAAUUACAUCCCCAAGGCCCAAAGUCGGCCAACCAAUUGCCUUCUACUCCCCAAGUAAAAGCGCUUUGGGUGGUUUUCGCCGGAGCCCCUCCCAUUACUCAGCCGUCCACAACAACUCCGGCGAUCCCCCGAAUCGAUUGCACUGUAAUUUACUAAAAUGACCUCGUUAUCGGCUCUGGAGCUUCCUUCCUUCUCUCUUCUCCACCGUACAUCAGUCUUGGCGCGACCCAGAAGUCAGAUCCAAUGCCGCGCCCCAAGCCGGCCCAGCCCGAAUACACACUCCAUCUCCAGCUUUCUUUACGCACCCUACCGAGUUUCGGGCCCUGGGCCGGUCGUGGUCGCCGCGGCCUCCGGGCUACUUGCCAACGCUGCUUCUAAUGGGGUAUUCACGGUGGGCGAUUUUAUGACGAAGAAAGAGGAUUUGCAUGUUGUGAAGUCCACAACAACUGUGGAUGAAGCUUUGGAAAUGCUUGUAGCAAACAGAAUAACUGGUUUUCCUGUGAUUGAUGAUGACUGGAAGUUGUAUGAGCCCGUUAAUCUGCAGGUUGGUCUUGUGUCAGACUACGAUUUAUUAGCACUAGACUCCAUCUCAGGUACUGGAAAAACCGACACAGACAUGUUUCCAGAAGUCGACAGCACCUGGAAAACGUUCAACGAGAUACAAAAGCUGCUGAGCAAAACCAACGGUCAAGUGGUAGGUGAUGUGAUGACGCCAGCGCCUAUGGUUGUUCAUGAAGCUACAAAUCUCGAGGAUGCUGCUAAGUUGCUUCUCGAGACAAAAUACCGCCGCCUUCCAGUCGUGAGUGACGAUGGCAAGCUGCUCUGCAAAUCAAACGAAAAUUCGAAACUGCAUGAAGUUCGAAUGUAA